CUGUCGGAGGAAGCUCAGCGAUUCAAAUAGGAUUUAUAACAAGAAUAUAUCGACUAUCUACCAACUAUCGCCGGUCGACAACCGUAGCAGACGACUGGCGGAGAUGUGCUGGCUGCUGUGACUGGCGGCGCGCGACCCGCGGCGAGAGUUUGGCUAUGACGACAUCGGCCCUGCGCCUGCGUCAUUCGCCGCUGUGGCUGCCGAGUUGUGGCACAACUGUAGCACCACUGAUACGCUUGCGCCGAGCCGCUAAAUCUGCUCGAUAUCAUACAACAAUGGCCGGUUCCUCUCCAUCGCUGUCUUUUAAACCUCUGCGUUUCUCCGCACAAGAACACAUUCGCAGUCGCAGACAACUAGCAAAUAACACACGUACUCUCCAUGACUUCGGUACAGCAGCAUCACAGCAUCCAGAACCAGCAGCAGCAGCAGCAGCGCCAUCUCUCGCUCGACCUGCCUACGCCCGCUACCGAACUCGCCUUCCCGACCAAGCUGCAGCAGCAGCAGCGGCCACCCAACGAGUCCUCCGCCUCGUUCUUCGACCAGCUCCCGCCACCCACACCGACCUCCUACUCGCCAACCAGUCCCAAAGCCGGAGGUCUCUUUGACCGCGAGCGCGCAGACGAGUGUCUAGAGAACGCUGUCGUCAGGGAACGUCUUCGCCAGGCGCAGCAGGCCAGCCUCGAGACCGCGCGCAAGGCCUGUCUGGCCUCGUCGUUUGCCAUGAGACCUUCCUCCUCUGCCUCAUUCACCUCGGCCCCCAGCUCUUCUUCGCUCUCAGUGUCCUCUUUCUCGUCGUCGGCCUGCUCGGUCUCCUCCUCCUUCUCCUCCAUGUCCUCUGCCUCUUCCCAGUCUUCUUUAUCGCCCGUUUCCCCCUGCUCCUCCUCCUCCUCCUCUUCCUCCUCAGCAUCCCUCGUGUCCGCAAGCUCAAUAGCCCCCCUCUGCGCCCACGAGCUCGCACUCAUGCUGCACUCCUCGCCCUCGACCCUCUUAAUCCUCGACGUGCGGCCCUACGCGCAAUUCGCAGAAUCUCGCGUGCGUGGCGCCAUCAACCUCUGCGUGCCCUCCACGCUGCUCAAACGGCCUGCCUUCACGGUCGCAAAGAUAGUCGACUCGCUCUGCGGCGACCAGAGCGAGCGCAUGCAAGGGUGGCAGGCGAAGCGGGAUAUCGUCGUUUAUGACGCCGCGUCGGCGUCGCUGUGCGCCACUUCACCUGUCUAUCAGACUGCGCGCAAGUUUGUCGCCGACGAGGCGUUUACCGGUCGUGUGUAUUUCUUGAAAGGUGGAAUUUGCGAGUUCGGCUCGAGAUUUAAGGAGUUUAAAGACCAAGGUGAAGAAGGAACUCUUGCCACCCCAGAACCAUCUCUCUCCACCUCUCCCUCUUCACCCACCCCCUCGUCCAGCAAACUAUCUCUCUGCCCGCCUUCAUCCACGACAAUGACCAAAGAGUCGCGCUGCGUGCCGAUUCUGUCCGGCCUGCGCAUGCCGACCCUGGCGUCGUGCAAGCCAAUCAACCCGUUCUUCUCCAACAUCCGACAAAACAUGGACCUGCUCGGCGGCGUCGGGGACCCGAUUCCGAUCCGCGUACCCGAGAGUUGCACGCAGUCGCAGCUGAAGAAGCUGCCGCAGUGGCUGAAGGAGCUCGUGUGUAACAAGGACGGGGCGAAGCAGGUCGCCGACCGAUUUUUGGAGAUUGAAAAGGCGGAGAAGGGGAGGCUUGAGCGGGCGUUUAGCUCUGCGUGUGUGAUUUCGAAGACGACGUGCGCGAUUUCAAAGAAUGCGUUUAGUGGCGGCAACCCGUUUUGCUUGAGCAAGCCUACUUCUACUACCGUCGAAGAGACGGAGGAGAAAGAAGAAGAGCAGUUUUCAAUCACGGCGGCGCUCGAGCGCGGCGCGAAGAAUCGGUACAACAACAUCUUCCCCUACGACCAUACGCGCGUGAAGCUGUCCUGCGCGCCAGGCUGCUGCGACUACAUCAACGCGUCCUACAUCUCGCCGCGGGGCAGCCGCAAGCGGUACAUAGCCACGCAAGGACCGCUGCCGGAGACGUUUGCGGAUUUCUGGUCGGUAGUGUGGGACCAGAGCGUGCGGGUGAUUGUGAUGCUGACGCCGAUUCAGGAAGGCGGGCAGGUUAAAUGUCAUUCGUACUGGCAGGACGCGCGGUACGGGGCGAUUAUGCUGACGCACAAGGCGGAGGAGGAAGUGUUGUUGAGCGAAAAGACGGGGACGAAGGUGCGUGUGCGCAAGUUCGUGCUGACGAAGGGAGGGGAUGAGCGCGUGGUUACGCAUGUGCAGUACGUGUCGUGGCCGGAUCUGGGCACGCCUGCGGAUCCGGUCGAUUUGGUUGCGCUGAGUGGAAUGGCGUCGCGACUCAACGCAGACGACGCAGGUGCGGACAAGUCUGAGAAUCAGGUUCAUCCGGUGAUUGUGCAUUGCAGCGCGGGAUGCGGCCGCACCGGCACUUUUUGCGCGGUCGACUCUGCGAUCGAUAUCAUGCAGCACGCCGAGGAAGACGAGAAGGCGGGCGUGAGCAAGGCCGGCAGCGCACAGGAUUUGAUUGUGGACCUUGUGCAUGAGUUGAGGCGGCAACGGCUGUCGAUGGUGCAGUGUCUUCGGCAGUUUGUGAUUUGCUAUGAGAGCGUGCUGGUGUGGAAAGUGCAGCAGAUAAAUGAGCAGGAGAGCGAGAAAGCGGAGACGUCUACGUUGUCGUCACCUGAUUCUGCUUCUGCUGCUUGAUUGAUUGCGGAAGGUUAUUGUUAUAACAGCAUGCACGGCGUAAUAUGUUUUGAUUUAUCGUGGUCUAGUUGAGUGUUAGGUCUCGGCAUCUUUGUUUAUAUAUGCAUCAGGGAGUUUGUUUGCUUUGUGUCUUGGAACUGUACAUCUGUUGUGUUUAUUGCCUAGAAGGUUUUGGGAAUGGUGGGCUGUCACGGCGGGGCGUUUGCUGAUGAUUGCGAUUGAUAAUAAACAA